CCCAUCAUCGACGGCAUCCCCAACAUGGUUCCGGAGGCUGCCAGGAUGACGCACAGGAAGCCUCCGGCCGAGGACUCGGAGCAGCCCUGAGGACCCGCCAGGCACAGCGGUAGCCUGAUGGCCGGGGGAGGGAUGCUGCCCUCCCUGCCCACUCUGACUGUGCUCGUUCCCCUCCUGUCCUUGGCAGGCUUGUUUUACUCAGCCAGCGUGGACGAAGCCUUCCCACAGGGCUGCACCAGCACGAACAGCCUGUGUUUCUACAGUCUCCUCCUUCCUGUUACAAUACCGGUUUAUGUGUUCUUUCACCUUUGGACCUGGAUGGGGAUUAAGCUUUUUAGGCACAACUAGUGAGAUGCGUUUGCUAACCUCUGGGCUUCUCUAAAUCAACGCAGCUGGUUUAAUCUCAUCGGGUAUUGCAGUUCGUUGGAGAGUUCCCUUUGGCACUAUGGACUGUCAUAAUUUUCCUAGUAGUAUCUGAAACUGUACGAAGCAGCAGCCCAUUGUUACCUACUGCUAAGGCAGAUUUAGAGUAGGAGUCAUAAGAAGCACUAAUUCCCUCUGUUGUAUCCCUCCAAGAGUGUUGUUGUGCAUUUGUAGUGGCACUGAUGAAAACCACCUAGGUGGAAGUUGUUUUCAUGAGGGAGAACUGUACCCUGACUGAGAAAACUGAUCUUAAAUAAUACACUAAAAUAAAAUAUGCAGUCUUUGAGGACUUUGGUUUUGUUUUAACCUGAUGUAUGUACUGAAAUAUAUUUGACUCACUGUCAGAAGAACAUAAACUAAAAUAAAUUAGGCUGGUGUUUCGUAACAAAA